CCUUUAAGUGGAGGCGCCGGCUGAGUAGCAGAUCGAGGAGGGGAGAUCCCGCCAUUUUGGAAGCUUCCUGCCGCCAUGUUCUCGUCUAUCGCGCCGCUUGUGCGGCUCAACCCAUUCCACGCUCCUCAUCUGCAAUUGCAGCAGGACAGCCUCACCCCGAGGAAGCGUCCGGCUGAGCCCGCGGGGACCUCAAGCACUCGGCGGAGCCUAGCAGCCGCUUCCGCAGAAGCAGACGAAUAUAGCUGUGCAUAUGGCUCUGGCAGAUUCUUCAUCCUUUGUGGUCUUGGUGGGAUUAUUAGCUGUGGUACCACACACACAGCAUUGGUUCCUUUAGAUCUCGUUAAAUGCCGAAUUCAGGUGGAUCCACAAAAAUAUAAGAGCAUCUUCACGGGGUUUUCAAUUACUGUUAAAGAAGAUGGUGUUCGCGGCUUGGCCAAGGGAUGGGCUCCAACCUUUUUUGGAUAUUCCAUGCAAGGGCUCUGCAAAUUUGGUUUCUAUGAAGUCUUCAAAGUUCUGUACGGCAACAUGUUGGGAGAAGAAAAUUCCUAUCUGUGGCGUACAUCAUUGUACUUGGCUGCGUCUGCCAGUGCAGAGUUCUUUGCCGAUAUUGCUCUGGCUCCAAUGGAAGCUGCUAAAGUUCGUAUUCAAACCCAGCCUGGAUACGCUAAUACACUUAGGCAAGCGGCUCCAAAAAUGUUUGCAGAAGAAGGCAUUUGGGCUUUCUACAAAGGUGUUGCGCCCUUAUGGAUGAGACAGAUUCCAUACACAAUGAUGAAGUUUGCCUGCUUUGAACGAACUGUGGAAGCUCUUUACAAAUAUGUUGUUCCCAAACCAAGGAGUGAAUGUUCAAAGGGAGAACAGCUGGUUGUUACAUUUGUAGCAGGUUAUAUUGCUGGUGUCUUCUGUGCCAUUGUCUCACAUCCUGCUGAUUCUGUGGUGUCUGUGUUGAACAAAGAAAAGGGCAGUUCAGCUCUUCAAGUACUGAAGAGGCUGGGAAUGAAAGGAGUAUGGAAGGGUCUUUUUGCACGUAUCAUCAUGAUUGGUACCCUGACAGCACUACAGUGGUUCAUCUAUGACUCCGUUAAAGUUUAUUUCAAGCUUCCUCGCCCACCUCCACCUGAGAUGCCAGAAUCUUUGAAGAAAAAGCUUGGUCUUACUGAGUAGAUGGAUUAUGGACUGAAAGCAAAACAUCACAAAACUUUGUACACAUGGCAAUGUAGGAGAAUAAAAACUUAUUGACUCGGGCUGCACUGUUGUCACUAUUGGUCAAAAUAAACUACUAGAAUGACUA